AUGGCUUGUGAUAUAUUGAGUAUUCCAAUAACCAUAUUGGCAUCUGAAUCUGCUUUUAGUAUUGGCUCUCGAGUUUUAAACAAGUAUAGAAGUUCAAUGAAAGAGGAAUUUGUUCAAGCUCUCAUGUGCACACGGAGUUGGUUAUAUGAUUUUGAAGAAUUUGAUAAUGAGAUUAACACUAAUCAAGAUGAUAAAAGUGGACAAGCAUCCAACACAUUUGAACGUGUGAAAGUCGUUGAAGAAAACUCAAGUGACGUUGUGAGUCGAGUUAGGACUAUUUGA